UCCGUAGACCCGAAGAUAUAGCACUUUGUACCCUUGAACCCUGUCGAUCGGCGGGCUUGUUUGCGCUGCCGCCUCCUUUCAAUGACUUUAUUCGUUGAGAGGAGGAUGCUGCAGUCCACGAGGGGAGUCAGUAUCCGAGCAUCGGGGCCAUAAACCCCGAGCUUCCCGGGUAUUGUUUUGGGAGGAUUACCCUGAGCUGCGAGCUGCGUGCAGAAUGCCAAGGUUGGAGUGCAUUUACCCCAUACUGAACCUGAGACUGGGGGUGUUUGACAUGCUGGUUCUGGUCCGAUGGCCGAGGUCGGUAGAAAGGAAAUUGCCCGGGUGGGAUGAGCUGGGUUGAGUGGGAUUUUCCACGUAUUGGUCUGGGUGGUGAGGGUAUAAAAGGGGGUUGGCACUCGGUUGUAUGAGUUCAAUUCAUCAUUCACACAGAGAAAAUUGACAGCCAAUACCGCCGCAAUGAAGACCGCCGCUCUCGCACCGCUCUUCUUCCUCCCCUCUACCCUCGCCACGACGGUCUAUCUCGCGGGUGACUCGACCAUGGCCAAGAAUGGUGGCGGGUCCGGGACCAACGGCUGGGGCGAGUACAUCGCCAGCUACCUCUCCGCGACAGUGGUCAACGAUGCGAUCGCGGGCCGCAGCGCCCGCUCGUACACGCGCGAGGGUCGGUUCGAGAACAUCGCCGAGGUGGUGACGGCGGGCGACUACGUGAUUGUCGAGUUCGGCCACAACGACGGCGGCUCGCUGUCCACGGACAACGGCCGCACCGACUGCUCCGGCACCGGGGCCGAGGUCUGCUACAGCGUCUACGACGGGGUCAACGAGACCAUCCUCACCUUCCCCGCCUACCUGGAGAACGCCGCCAAGCUGUUCACCGCCAAGGGCGCCAACGUCAUCCUCAGCAGCCAGACCCCCAACAACCCCUGGGAGACCGGCACCUUCGUCGACUCCCCCACGCGCUUCGUCGAGUACGCCGAGCUGGCCGCUGAGGUCGCCGGCGUCGGGUAUGUCGACCACUGGUCCUACGUGGCCAGCAUCUAUGAGACCUUGGGCAAUGCCACCGUCAACUCGUACUUCCCCAUCGAUCACACCCACACCAGUCCGGCGGGCGCGGAGGUCGUGGCCGAGGCGUUCUUGAAGGCGGUGGUUUGCACAGACGCGUCGUUGAAGAAUGUCUUGACGACGACGAGCUUUGAGGGGACGUGUUUGUGAGUGAGCAGAGGGGAAGGCAAAGGGGAGUGUUAAAUGACAGGACUUAUUGUGCAUAGUGGUAGUUCGUGUAUUGC